AAGGUACGUAAGGUUACUGUUGAUUUCAUCACUGUGGGAAAUAUAUAUUUUCAGUUUUACAUUAUAAGGACUAAUAAUCAAAUGUCGGCGAGAUUACCAUCAUUCUUGAGGCUUUGUAAAUAUGCAGUUGAUAGCCGAGGAUCUUUUUCAAAAACUUUAUGCAGGGGUUAUCACAUUAAGCGUUAUGAGCGACCUGAUCAUAUUUCGGUUCCUAAUAGUAGGGUCUUAAAUUUUUCAUCUGUGGCUGAAGAUAAAAAACCUUCCGAAAGUCCAAAGAUUGAUGAAAAAGAAACCCCUCUGGAAGAAACUAAUCAAUUGCAUGAACUGACCAAAACCAUUGAAGAAAUUACAAAGCACCGUGAUGAGUUGAAUGAUAAAUAUAAGAGGGCUUUAGCCGAUGGUGAAAAUUUAAGGAAGAGGCUUAUGAAGCAAAUUGAUGAAGCUAAGAUUUAUGGCAUUCAAAGUUUCUGUAAAGAUUUAUUAGAGGUUGCUGAUGUGCUUGGAAAGGCUACCGAAAGUGUUCCCAAAGAUGAGGUUAAUGAUAAAAAUCCACAUUUGAAGAGUCUCUACGAAGGUCUCAUAAUGACCGAGGCUCAACUUCAAAAGGUAUUUAAAAGGCAUGGUCUAGUUCCUCUUAUUCCAUUAAAUGAAAAAUUUGAUCCUAAUCUCCAUGAAGCACUGUUUCAACAGGAGGUUGAAGGGAAAGCUGCUGGAACAGUAAUUGUCGUUUCUAAAACAGGUUACAAGUUGCAUGAGAGAGUAGUGAGACCUGCAUUAGUUGGAGUUGCAAAAGGGUAGCAAUAAAUUAGGUCCAUUGCUUUUGUAUUUUUUCUUUUUUUACUUUAUGAAGUUAUUUUUCAACUUCUGAAAUUUAAAUCUGUUUUGUAUUUAUAUAUUUUUUUUAAAUGGUAUAUAUAUGUUUAUUUAAUAUAUAUAUAUGUAUAUGUAAAUGUAUAAAACAUAUAGGCUCUUUUGCUAGCUAGGUUUAGGGAUGAAUUAAGUCAUUCCAAAUAAAUACUUCUAUCAUCACCAAAAUAUUUAGUAUUAUUUUAAAUUGAGACCUUAAGAAAUAAUACCUAAAAUCUGUAUUAUAAAAUUUAUAUUUUUUUGGAAUCUUAUCAGUAGUGGAAGUAGAAAUAAAAAAAUUAUUUGUC